AAGUUAAUGUACACACCAUCAUCCAUUAAAAAGCAUAUUUGAAUCACUUUAUUUGCAAUGUGAUUUAGGAUAAUCUAAAAUUUUGUAUCAGGGUAGCUUACAGUGUAAAAUGUGUUUGUUUUUUAGAUAAAAGGAAAGAUGAUCUGGAUCCCAAAGUGGUUCAAAGCAUCCAGUCUCUGAAGUCCUGUCCCACAGUACCAGAAAUGAAGGCGAAUUCAAACGCUGUAUCAGAGUAUUCAUCAAACCUGAUCAGUGUGUUGAAUAACAUCGCCAAAUCAAACACCUGCAGUCCAGCCACGAGCAGGGCCUUAACAAUAGCAACAGCGACCAUUGGAAACCUCAACAAGGCUUUUCAAGAUCACUGCAAAGAGGUAAAGGCUCUCAAGGCGAGUCCACAGAAACAGAGAAAGGUGGCUGAAGAAGUGGACAGAGACAUCUACGGUUCAUCUUUGCAGGAAUAUGGCUCUAUAGUACAGCAGCAGAUGCCAAAAUUGCUUGCCAAUCCUGAGAGGCCAAAGACUGAUGCUGCAAGCAAGCCGUUUACUCAGGUCAGGAAGCCUGUGCAGGGGGCAAAAAAUAAAGUGUUGCCGCUGGAAAGACCAGUAACAGCAUUACAGAAGACUCCAAAAGACCUCCAGAGUCCAUCUGCUGAUGACAUGUUUCCUCCGGCCCCUGUCAGAUCUUUUGCUCUCUCCAACAUUACACGAUCUGUAGAGAAGACAAAAGUUAGCAUGGAGUCAAAGGAAGAAACAAGAAAUGUCACAUCAUUUAACAAGAUGGCUCAAGAAGAACCGCAGAGCCCGGCUCCUCUUAGCAUCCAUCAUCCUUCCCCUGUCAAAUCUUUUGAUCUCCCUCAGAUCUCGCAGUCUGUAGAGGAGACAAAAGUUUAUGUAGGGUCAAUGUUGAGAACAGGGACAUCAUUUGAAGGGAUGGCUCAGAAAGACCUCCAGAGUCCAUCUACUCAUAACCUCCAUCGUCCUUCCCCUGUCAAAUCUUUUGAUCUCCCACAGAUCCCGCAGUCUGUAGAGGAUACAAAAGUUUAUGUAGGGUCAAUGUUGAGAACAGGGACAUCAUUUGAAGGGAUGGCUCAGAAAGACCUCCAGAGUCCAUCUACUCGUAACCUCCAUCGUCCUUCCCCUGUCAAAUCUUUUGAUCUCCCACAGAUCCCGCAGUCUGUAGAGGAUACAAAAGUUUAUGUAGGGUCAAUGUUGAGAACAGGGACAUCAUUUGAAGGGAUGGCUCAGAAAGACCUCCAGAGUCCAUCUACUCGUAACCUCCAUCGUCCUUCCCCUGUCAAAUCUUUUGAUCUCCCUCAGAUCCCGCAGUCUGUAGAGGAGACAAAAGUUUAUGUAGGGUCAUUGUUGAUAAGAGGGACAUCAUUUGAAGAGAUGGCUCAGAAAGACCUUCUGCAGUCUGUAGAGGAGACAAAAGUUGAUGUGGUGCCAGUGAAAGAUCUCCAGAGUCCGUCUCCUGUCCACAGCCAUCCUUCCUCAAUCAUGAAACGGCCCCAAAUUCAGACUGAAGUAAAGCCAUCACUUCAGAAACCUGACAAGCCAGAGACUAACAAAUAUGUUUCAGGAGUCUUAGGUAACAGUGAAGAGGAUGAUGACAAACUGCUUCAUGAAAGGAUGAAAGGUCAAACGUUCGUAAUUGACAUCGAAGCUCAAGAAAGCAACCUCAAACAUCUGGAUCGAGCUUUUCAAAACAACAACAUCUCCUCUGAAAUGUACAACCUGUGCAGAGGAAACAUCAAUCAAACACUUCAAAGUGUUGAUCUGCGACUUGGAUGUCUUUUACGGAGAUACAUCAAACACGUCCAGUUGAAGCAAUUAAGGAAGACGCUCGAUGAAAAUUUCAAGCUGACCAAAAAUUUAAAGGAUGGACUGGCAUUCAAAAAAGUUCAUUCUCAGCUCUGUAAAUUCGACCAUUUCCAAAAGAGUGUGAGAAAAGUCUGGGACGCCAAGCAAGCUUCCACGGACGAGACACGCAGAUGGUGCAUCGCACGGACAGCCCAUUUAUACCAGCAGAUGAAUUCGAUCCAUGGCCUACAUCUGACAGGCAUAUCAUGUGUCCAGAGGCACGUACCAGUGUCUCUGCUGACUGUGACACCUGUGAGGUUUAGCACACAUCUAUGCCCAUCUCCUCCUCAGCGGCCGCAAACUGCUCCCAGCAAAGCCAGUCCAGCUCGUCUUCCUCGAAACAACCUGAGAGUGCUUCACAGCACAGAUGCGACCAGGAAUAUAUCAGGCAGUUUCUUGAAGAUCAGUCACGUCCGUUAUUGAUGGCCAACAUGAACCUGUGUAUGUGAAGGAUAAUGGCCAGUUACUCGCAUCUGGAACAUCUCAUGUGUAAAAGAACCCAAGAGCAGUGUGGGAAGGAGGACGAGGCUGAGGGCCGUAAGACGAGGCCGGUGGCAUGAUUGCUAAUGAGCAUCACCUGCGCGCCGCACCGGUCUCGUAUCUUACGGAGGAGCUCGGAAGCAUAAAAGGGGGAACGACGACAGUGAAGGACGAGAGAGGACCAGUUCCCGCCUCCUUCUUCCCUAAUCUACUAACCUUGCUACAUUAGUGGCGAAACCCGGGAGGAAGGAGGGACACGCUGUCGGAGAGUCCUCACUGCCGAGAGGGAAUGCAGUGCUGAGGAGGUCGAGCAGCACGAAGGAGGGGUGACCGUCAGUGGCUGCCCGCUGGUGUCCGCCAGGCCCACUGCCGUCCGCCAUGAUGGGGAGGAGCAGGCAGACCGAUGGAACGGGGAGCUUGCUGCCGGGCCACCAUAGCGGAGGAGCCAUUGUCGGCCCCAUGGAGGUGGAGGAGUGUCGGGCCGUCCUCCAUCGCAUGGCACUGCAAGCGAGAGCCUCUCGGCUGGUUGAGGACCGAGAGCCAGUGUGUCCGGGAACUGGACCAAGAAUGUUUUCCUCUCUCCCCUCUGUACCUCCUCAUGCUUCCGUCUCCUUUUCUCUCGCCUCGUCUGUCCUUACCCCCAGGUGCUACUACACACAUGCUAUCAGCACCUUUAACCUGAGGGGGGGUGGGGGUGGGGUAGAGCAAGUCCACCGUGGGCUUGGCAACACUGCUUACCUCUUAACCCACUCUUAAACCUACCCAUACCACCAACCGAUCCCUAUCCCUUACCCGUAUUCCAUUUUUAUAAAAUAUAUAUAUAUAUAUAUAUAUAUAAAAUUAAUUUAC